AUGGAGAAUGCCUUUGCGCGGCCUAUACAGGCUGUACUACAGAAGUUCGACGUCGACCCCAAAAAUGGGCUCAAUAAUGACCAGGUCACCAAGCUGAGAGCCAAGUAUGGCAAAAAUGCUAUACCCGAAGAACCGCCAACACCGCUCUGGGAGCUGAUUCUCGAGCAGUUCAAGGAUCAGCUCGUUAUUAUACUGCUCGGGUCUGCUGCCGUGUCCUUCGUCCUGGCGCUCUUUGAAGAAGAAGGCGGCUGGACUGCAUUCGUUGACCCUCUAGUCAUCUUGACUAUCCUCAUCCUUAAUGCCGUCGUGGGCGUAUCCCAAGAAAGCAGUGCCGAGAAAGCCAUAGCCGCUCUCCAGGAAUACUCCGCCAAUAUCGCAAGUGUCGUUCGAAAUGGACAUGUCUCUCGUGUUAAGGCCGAAGAGCUUGUACCGGGAGAUAUCGUCUCUAUCGCUGUCGGUGAUCGCAUCCCUGCCGAUUGUCGGGUCGUUUCCAUCGAAAGCAACAGCUUCGCUGUUGAUCAGGCCAUCUUGACAGGCGAGAGUGAGAGUGUUGGCAAGGAUCAUACAAAUGUGGUCCAGGACGAGAAGGCUGUACUUCAGGACCAAACGAACAUGCUCUUCUCUGGAACAACCGUAGUGACUGGACGCGCGAAAGCCGUGGUCGUUUUGACUGGAUCCAACACCGCCAUCGGCGACAUCCAUGAGAGCAUCACUGCCCAGAUUUCCGAGCCCACACCUCUGAAGCAAAAACUCAACGACUUCGGCGACACUCUUGCUAAGGUUAUCACUGUCAUUUGUGUCCUUGUAUGGCUGAUCAACAUACCCAAUUUCGCUGAUCCUAGCCACGGAAACUGGACCAAAGGUGCUAUCUAUUAUCUCAAGAUUGCCGUCUCUCUUGGUGUUGCGGCUAUUCCUGAAGGCCUAGCUGUUGUUAUUACUACUUGUUUGGCAUUAGGCACCCGCAAAAUGGCUGCGAAGAAUGCCGUGGUUCGAAGCCUGCCGUCUGUGGAGACUUUGGGAAGCUGCAGCGUCAUUUGUUCCGAUAAAACUGGCACUCUCACUACUAACCAAAUGAGCGUUAACAAAGUGGUUUACAUUCGUGAGGAUGGCCGUGAUCUUGAUGAACUCGAUGUCGAGGGUACUACAUUCUCUCCCAAGGGCUCCAUCAAACGGGAUGGCAAGGUAGUUCAAGAUUUGGUUCAGACGUCUAGCACAAUCAACCAAAUGAAUCAGGUUGCUGCUCUUUGCAACGAUGCCCAGCUCGUGUAUGAUGCCCGAUCUGCCACCUUUUCAAACGUGGGCGAACCAACCGAAGGCGCAUUGAGAGUCCUUGCUGAGAAGCUUGGUCCUUGUGCCCCUGCUGGGACGAAGCCUGAAGACUGUGUCCACCACGCCAGUGCUUGGUAUGAACAAAAGUAUACCCGCCUUGCCACUUUCGAGUUCUCCCGAGACCGAAAGAGCAUGUCUGUGCUUGUCCAAGACGGCAAGCAGAAGAAACUCCUUGUUAAAGGUGCCCCGGAGUCUAUCAUCGAGCGAUGUACACAUGCGCUGGUCGGAGCUAAUGGCAAACGAGUUCCGCUUAACAAACAGCUCUAUGAUCUUCUUAUGAAAGAGGUGGUUGACUAUGGUAACCGUGGUCUUCGAGUCAUUGCUCUUGCUAGCCUGGAUGACGUCGGAUCUAACCCUUUGAUCCGCACUGCUCAGACUUCUGCUCAUUAUGCCCAAUUGGAACAAAACCUUACGUUGCUCGGCCUCGUAGGCAUGCUUGACCCCCCUCGACCUGAAGUCGCCGAUGCAAUCAAAAAGUGCAAGGCUGCUGGUAUUAGAGUAAUCGUCAUCACUGGCGAUAACCGCAACACAGCUGAAAGCAUUUGUCGACAAAUUGGCGUUUUCGAAGAAUCUGAAGAUCUUAAAGGCAAGAGUUUUACUGGUAGGGAGUUCGACAACUUGACUCCAAGUGAACAACUCGAAGCCGCCCAACAUGCCUCCCUAUUUUCUCGUGUUGAGCCAAGCCACAAGUCUAAGCUAGUUGACCUACUUCAGUCUUUGAAUGAGGUUGUCGCCAUGACCGGAGACGGUGUGAACGACGCGCCCGCACUCAAAAAAUCUGAUAUCGGUGUUGCCAUGGGCUCAGGAACUGAUGUGUCUAGAUUGGCAGCUGAUAUGGUUCUCGCCGAUGACAACUUCGCCACGAUCGAGGUUGCUAUUGAAGAAGGUCGGUCAAUCUAUAACAACACGCAGCAAUUCAUUCGGUACCUUAUCUCCUCCAAUAUCGGAGAAGUUGUUUCCAUCUUCAUCACUGCAGCACUAGGCAUGCCAGAGGCUCUGAUUCCUGUUCAACUGCUAUGGGUAAACCUUGUCACGGACGGUCUCCCAGCCACUGCAUUGUCCUUCAACCCCCCAGACCACGACAUCAUGAGGAGACGGCCACGUAAGCGUGAUGAGGCUCUUAUUGGAGGUUGGCUCUUCUUCCGCUACCUGGUCAUCGGCACCUAUGUUGGCCUUGCUACUGUUGGUGGUUACGCUUGGUGGUUCAUGUACAACCCUGAAGGGCCCCAGAUCAGUUUCUAUGAACUGUCUCAUUUCCAUCGAUGCUCUACAGAGUUUGCAAGCAUUGGCUGCCAAAUAUUUGAAGAUCACAAUGCCAAAUCAGCAUCUACUGUCUCCCUAUCGAUCCUGGUUGUCAUUGAGAUGCUCAAUGCCAUGAACGCGCUGUCAUCAAGCGAAUCGCUCUUGACACUGCCCUUAUGGAAGAACAUGAUGCUUGUAUAUGCCAUUGCUUUAUCGAUGGCUCUGCACUUUGCACUGCUCUACACUCCCUUCUUGCAGACCCUUUUCUCCAUUCUACCUAUGAAUUGGACCGAGUGGAAAGCAGUGUUGUAUAUCAGUGCGCCAGUGAUUGUCAUCGAUGAAGUGCUGAAGAUGAUCGAGCGACAAUUUUUCCUCGACAGUAGCAGUGGGAAGGUUACUAAGACCAAGAAGGACGCAUAG